GGUCUUGUCCUGGAUAAUCCUCACAUUUUGCUUAUCAUUCAGCUGUGUAAACACUUGAAUAGUUUCAAUAUUCUCAAGAAGCUAAAUGCUGUGAAGCCACAGUUUCAUCUACAGCCGCUAUGUAUACUGGUUUUAGAGCCGAAUACCACCCACACCAAAGUACUUUGCUUGAAGAUGGAGAGUUGAUCCUGGCCUGAAAUAUCAGCUGCGCUUUCCAGCUGCUAAAAUAGGAGCCUUAGCUGACAUUGAAUUUAUUUUCAUCUUGUUCAGUCGGAGAAACCCAACAAUCCAGAAUCACAAUCACACUGUUCGGUCAACUAUCAUGGAUUGUCAAACGAACCAACUUUUGCCCAUCAUCAGUUCUCCGACAACUGAUCUAGAGCUUCAACGGUUGAUAGAGGAUGUUUUGGCACAGCUUAAGGACAGAUUCCAGUCCGAGGAUGGAGGAAAAUCCAGUACUAAACACAAGAUCAAAGAUGCCAUUGAAAAGUUUCUUAAAUACAUCCAAUUAAUCGGCGGUGUAGCCGCAGAAGCUGCAUCUACUGUUUUCGCUCCUGCAACGUUAUGCUUCAAUGCUAUCUCUUUCCUGAUUGAUAUUCCUCAAAGGGUCACUGAAAUUUAUGAAGGCUUGGAAAACUUGUUCGAAGAAAUGACCCACGCUAUGGUUCUUUUAGAUAUUUACGGAAACUAUAAGAAGUUCGAUCGAGAACUCAAAGAUGGCAUUCACAAAAUCAUGGUCUCGAUAGUGAGAAUUUGUGGUCUAUCUAUCAAUAUAAUCGAUGGUGGUAAAAAGGCUAAGAUUAAGACUAUAUUGAAAGUCACUUUCUUAAAAGGUGACUCGGGUAUCAAGGAUGAAUUAAGCAAAUUCAAUGCGUUAAUUACGAAGCAAAAUGAUCUCACGGGGGUGAUCACUUUGAAGAGCGUUCUCGAUAACUCAGCAGUCGCCAAUGAACUACUGAAAGGGUAGGUUUCUUUCACAAGAAUGCAGGAAAUACUUACCAAACAACAGUACGUGCUCGCAGAACAGCAAAAUUACAUCGCAGACGAAGUAACAUACGUGAUGAAUGAUGUCAAAGCCAGCAAGGAUGAGAAGAUUAUAUCAGAUCGUGUGGAGAAAAUUUCAAGACUCUUGUCGAUACCCCAAGGAUUGACUAAAUCAAAUGCGGCUAAUGAGGAACUCAAAGACAUAAGAAAACAAUUUCCAAAAGACGGCUUCAGGUGGCUAUCUAAAGUGAAUGACUACGACGAAUGGCUCA